GAUCAGUUCCUCAAUUUUAUAUCAUUGGAGGAUGAUUUGUUCGUGUUACGAAGGUACAGCGACAACAGCCCUUUCUCGUUUAAUGCAAUAAGCGAUCCAUCAGUGACAACUGAACAGAUGGAGGCGCUCAUUGAUGCGAUUGUUGAUGGCUUAUUUUCGGUCUGCGCUACACUUGGUGUUGUGCCGAUCAUACGCUGUCAAAAGGAUAAUGCUGCCGAACAAGUUGCUGUUGUAAGUUAG